UCAUUGACUGGUUAACUAAGGACACCUGUCAUCAAAUGAAUUGUGAAUAUCAUAAACAAAAGACAUCAACAGGAAAAAACACGAUUCGAUUUACGCUCGAUGAGUGUUUUUCCCACGGUCAGCGAACACAGCUGCAGGUCGCAGAAUUAUUGGCGCGCCGCUGUUCGUGCAGUUACGGUACUGGUGCUGAUGAGGGCGAGGAAGAGGUGCGUGUGAUGCCGCCGCCGCCGCCGCCGCGUCCCGCUGCCAUUUCCCCGACCCAUCACCGCGGAAACACCAGCAGAGACCCGGAGUUCUCACCCAGCGGCCCGAUUUAGAAGGCCGAUUUAAAUCUCGGGUCCCGGAGUGAAUGACGUCCUCCCCCCCGAUAAGGGCCGAUUCCUAAAAGCUGCAGCAGCACGGCUACCGCUGGGUUGGAGGUUCCUUUUUUUCAGAAGACACAGUCGCCAACAUGGGGCUUGUUUUUUACAGGUUCUGAGCUCCGGUCGUGAGAUAACAUUUUGGGUGAGACAUGGAAACGAUAUGGCUCUACCAGUUUCGCCUGAUUGUCAUUGGAGACUCCACGGUGGGGAAGUCCUGCCUGAUCCGCCGCUUCACCGAGGGCCGCUUCGCCCAGGUGUCGGACCCCACCGUGGGGGUGGACUUCUUCUCCCGCCUGGUGGAGAUUGAGCCGGGAAAAAGGAUCAAACUUCAGAUCUGGGACACUGCGGGACAAGAGAGGUUCAGGUCCAUCACCAGAGCGUACUACCGGAACUCGGUGGGCGGCCUCUUGCUCUUCGACAUCACCAACCGGCGCUCCUUCCAGAACGUCCACAACUGGCUGGAGGAGGCGCGGAGCCACGUCCAGCCGCACAGCAUCGUCUUCCUGCUGGUCGGCCACAAGUGCGACCUGGAGCCGCAGCGCCAGGUGACCCAGCACGAGGCCGAGAAGCUGGCCGGCGCCUACGGGAUGCGUUACGUCGAGACAUCGGCCAGGGACGCCAUCAACGUGGAGAAGGCCUUUGUGGAUCUGACCAGGGACAUCUUUGAGCUGGUGCGGAGUGGGGACAUCAAGAUCCAGGAUGGCUGGGAGGGCGUCAAGAGCGGCUUUGUUCCCAACAUCGUCCACUCGUCCGAGGAGGUCACCAAAGGCAGCCGGCAGUGCUUCUGCUGAUGGAGCCGCCCGCCACCCUGCCUGGGCCCUCAGUUGGCCUCACCCGAGUGGACCUGAGUUCUGUCCCUGCUCUCGCUGCUCUCAGAUCAGCUUUUGGGACUCAUAAUGUUUCGGCUAAACACUUUACUCCGUAUGUAAGACGCUCAUUUAUCGUUCGGGCACCUGUUUGUUGCUCUGUUCAAAUUCCUAACAGGCCUAGAAGCACAAAGAGCAUCCCGACCCUUCACUUUUCUGUCUGCAUGUGUGUGUGUGUGCGUGUGUGUGUGUGUGUGCGUGAGUGCGCGUGUGUGUGUUUACGUGUGUAUCUUUGUAGCUGUUAUC